AUGUCCCUACCACGGAGACCGUCGCACGCUUCGUCGAGGCCGGAGGAGCCUAAUAUCGGGUUCAGGGAGUCGUCGCGACGGCGUCGACGGGACAUCGAAACAGGUGGAUAUACAGAUGAACCUGCGACUCCAGGCCGGCAUCGUCGUCACAGGUCUCACCACUCCCGGAGCCACAGCCUCAGAGACUCGGAUGGCAUGCCAUCGCCGACAGACAUCAAUCGCAAACGCAGCUUGGUGCGACCGGAGCGGAAUCGCAUCGAUCGCGACCAUCCGAACUAUUACUACCGUCAGCAUGCGCAGAACAUGGACACGUUCCCGUCCAGUACAGGGCACGACCCGAUCUUUGAGGGAGAUGGCGAGCCGGACACUGGCGACUCGGAAAGCGGAGAAAUGAACGUUGUCGACACAGACAAGCUCUACGGUGCCCAUGGCAAUGUGAACAAGCCCAUGGAACGCGUCCCAAGUCAGAAAAGGAGACGGCGAAAGCUGUCGCGCAAGGAAGCUGUUGACCUCGAAGAAAAACAAUUGCAAAAGCAGCUUGACGAGCAACUACGUCCGCCCAGUCCCUGGAACGUGUAUUGUUCGAUUGUGACCUUCUGGGCUCCCGACUUCGUGCUCAAAUGUUUCGGUAUGCCCGCGAAAGCGCAACGGAGAGCCUGGCGUGAGAAGAUGGGUCUCAUCAGCGUUAUUCUCCUGAUUUGUACCUUCGUUGGAUUCCUCACCUUCGGCUUCACAGCAGUGGUCUGCGCCGCUCCUCCCGUGCGUCUGAAGGUCAACCAGGUCGACAGCGGAUACAUGAUUUUCCACGGCAGUGCCUAUGAUCUUUCGAAGUCUAAGCACCCUGCCGCGGCAGGGAUCCCGGCCGGCUCCAACGUUCUGUAUGAUCUUCCUCACAAGUAUGGUGGACAGGAUGGAAGUUUCUUUUUCCAGAAUGUCAACGGCGCUUGCAAAGAUCUUAUUACCCUUGCCCCAGGUUCGGACGUCCCUACCAACGACAACGGCGAUUUGGCGUGGUACUUCCCAUGCACUGCAUUCAACCAGGAUGGUUCCAGCAAGCCUAAUCUGACCAUACCCUACUACUUCGGCUAUGCUUGUCAUACUAGUGCAAACGCCCGAAAUGCUUUCUACAACCUCAGGAGCGAGGGAGACGUCUAUUUCACGUGGGAUGAUGUGAGGAAUCAGAGCAGGAAUCUGAUGGUGUAUUCCGGCUCUGUGGUCGAUCUGGAUUUGCUAGAAUGGUUCAAUCACAGCCAGGUCUCGUACCCAGCCCAAUUCGACGAUUUGCGGCAGAAUCCAGACAUCAAGGGCAAAGAUAUCACUUAUGCUUUCCAGACGAAAGCAGAUAGGAAGAUCGGAAAAUGCUUGACUGAGAUCAUCAGGGUCGGCUCCAUUGAUACAGAAACAGUCGGGUGCAUCGCCUCAAAGGUCGUGCUUUAUGUAUCGUUGGCCUUCAUUCUUGGUAUCGUUGGUGCGAAGUUCGUUCUUGCAUUGCUUUUCCAGUGGUUCGUAUGUCGCCGUUAUGCGGCAAGCCGGACAAGCAUGGGCUCGGACUCGAAGAGGCGGAACCAGGAGAUUGAGGAUUGGUCGAAUGAUAUCUACCGGCCAGGUCCUCGACUGGCGGACCCUACUAUCCCUGACGGUUCGAAUAAGCGCAAGAGCUUCUUGCCCACCACUUCUCGUUUCUCCAGCCCUUAUGUGAUGGGAGGUACAAGUAAACGACGACCGGCCCCGACUACCAUGGCCAGUCAGAACUCGACAUCACGGCUUAUCCCUACCACCUCUCCCUCGAUGUACAAGGCUGGCCACAACAGCAGUGGCGGUACACUCAGCGUAGAUCCCAUUUCCCACCAGAACAGUGCGUCUAGCUAUACAGGACAAGAUACGCGUUAUUCCAGCGCCCCGGUGGAGUCCGACACAACCGGACCUGGGGGCUUCAUUCAUGGCGCCGUUGUUCCUCAGCCCCCGCCGGAAUGGGAGCCAUUUGGCUUCCCACUGGUCCAUUCACUCUGCCUGGUCACUUGUUACUCGGAAGGUGAAGAGGGUUUGCGGACCACCCUGGACUCCAUUGCCACGACAGACUACCCCAAUAGCCACAAGACGAUUCUCGUUAUCUGUGAUGGUAUUAUCAAGGGUAAAGGAGAGGAAUUCUCGACACCGGACAUCGUUCUUGGGAUGAUGUGUGAUCAUGCUGUUCUGCCGGAGGAAGUGCAGGCCCAUUCUUACGUGGCUGUCGCUACUGGAGCAAAGAGGCACAACAUGGCAAAGAUCUACUCCGGGUUCUACGACUACGGCGCACAUUCUGUCGUGCCGCCCGAAAAGCAGCAACGUGUACCCAUGUUGGUCGUAGUGAAGUGCGGAACACCAGACGAAGCGGAGGCGGCCAAGCCAGGCAACCGAGGCAAGCGAGAUAGUCAAAUUAUUCUGAUGUCGUUCCUGCAGAAAGUCAUGUUCGACGAGCGGAUGACAGAAUUGGAAUACGAGAUGUUCAACGGACUCUGGAAUAUCACCGGCAUCUCCCCUGAUUUCUACGAAGUCGUUCUGAUGGUUGAUGCCGAUACGAAGGUCUUCCCGGACAGUCUGACGCACAUGGUUUCCGCCAUGGUUAAAGACCCCGAGAUCAUGGGUCUGUGUGGUGAGACGAAGAUCGCGAACAAGACUGCAAGCUGGGUUUCCAUGAUUCAGGUGUUCGAAUACUUCAUCUCCCAUCACCAGGCAAAGUCGUUCGAAUCCUUCUUUGGCGGUGUCACGUGUUUGCCCGGAUGUUUUUCGAUGUACCGUAUCAAAUCCCCCAAGGGAGGUCAGAACUACUGGGUGCCUAUCCUGGCGAACCCUGAUGUGGUCGAGCACUACUCGGAGAACGUGGUGGAUACGCUCCACAAGAAGAACCUGCUGCUUUUGGGUGAGGAUCGGUAUCUGUCUACGUUGAUGCUGAAGACCUUCCCCAAGCGGAAGCAAGUCUUCGUGCCCCAAGCCGUGUGCAAGACCGUUGUGCCGGACGAGUUCAAGGUGCUUCUCUCUCAGCGGCGUCGGUGGAUCAACAGUACGGUGCACAACCUGAUGGAGCUUGUCCUGGUUCGUGAUCUCUGUGGUACAUUCUGCUUCAGUAUGCAGUUUGUUGUCUUCAUCGAGCUGGUCGGCACGGUUGUUUUGCCGGCAGCCAUCAGUUUCACAUUUUACGUUGUGAUCAAGUCUAUUGUCUCGAAACCUGUGCAAACCAUCCCUCUCGUCCUGCUCGCCCUUAUCCUAGGUCUCCCCGGUGUUCUGAUCGUGGUGACCGCGCACCGCCUCUCAUACCUGUUGUGGAUGCUGAUCUACCUGAUCUCGCUCCCGGUUUGGAAUUUCAUCCUACCCACGUACGCUUACUGGAAGUUCGAUGACUUCAGCUGGGGAGACACGCGUAAGACGGCGGGGGAGAAGACCAAGAAAGCCGGACUGGAGUAUGAGGGAGAGUUCGACAGCACGAAGAUCACCAUGAAGAGGUGGCGCGACUUCGAAAAAGAGCGUCGCCUCAAGGCUGCGGGAUGGCCCCAGCCCGGUGCUGCGGUGGGCGGGUAUCCCCCGCAUCCCAGCAUGUAUGAAUCAUACGGGGACUACCGCUGA